AAACAUUUCCCUAGACUACGUGGUGCAGGUCGCAAGACGGAGAAUUCGAGAGCUGUCGAGGAUAGUACUGAUGGCUUUGCCGCGAUCAGCAAGCAAGCGUCUGCUGCCUGACGAUGACGAUGAUAACGAUGGGAGCAGCAUAAGUAGCAAGCGAGCUUGCUCUGAGACGCCCGCGGAGAGUCUCACCCAUGCUAUCACUACUCCAAAUGGCGACUGGUUCGGGGGUCAGCCGUUUGGCGACCUUCCAGACCCUUUCGGCCGUAACGUGGGCGGCUCGAUUUGGCCACAGCAGGGUUGUCCGGAGAUACGGGUGGAGGAUCCAUAUGGGGUACUUAUCCGGGACUCCGGCUUGGUGUCUGAUCCGUUGCGCGGGCUGGACAUCGAUAUGUCGGACAGCGAUUGGAGUGUACGGCUAGGGUAUAAUAUGGGCUCUGAUGUGCAAGACCGCGAUGGCGCCCUUGAUGCGCCACAUUUACAGGACUUGGGUCAGACUGGGCAAAAAGGCGCUCCUUACCCAAUAACGGACAUGUGGUUGGCCCACCAGGUGCCGGGGUGCGAACAAGGCCCAGCAGAUUUUCAGAGUUUUAGUCCUGAUCUGGAAUUUACGAGAGCUCCUGACGUUCUGGAUCUAUCGAUUGAACCUGACUUUGGCUGGAACGCACUUGAAAUGGAGUUAUCCGGUACCAGUCCUAGCACAAAUGAGCUUCAACCCAAGAUCAUGGACAAGUCAAAGAAACCAACGAGCGAUUCAGACGAGGAACAGUACCGGCCGCGCCUUGAUAAAUGUCAAAGCGAGCCUGUAACAAGCGUUGAAUCAACGGACGCAGUGACAUGGGACACUUGCUUUGGAGAGCUCGCCCUCGAAGCCACCUCCACAUUCAAGGACGAUGGAAAGACAAAAAGUCGAAACCGAAAGUCAGCCCGGGUCGAUCUAACAACCCUUGGCGGAGUCGUCAAAUUGUCCUUCACGGACACGAAGAAGUAUGCAGGCAUCGUCGCUAUGCCUGCGCUAGUGGACCUGCUGAAACAACAUCGUGUCAAGUUGGUCGGAACACUGUUCGCCGCUCCACUCGGUAAGGAUGCUGGGACUGGGGAGUGUCAGAAGCCAGAGCUGAGAGUUAUCGUCUACGGAAGUAUCAAUGACAAAGACACGGUCGGGACUUGCUUAUCGGACGCAGGAAUGUACCUGCAACAUCCCACAAGCGUGGAGUAUGACCCCAGAUUCCCAUAUGUGAACCCACAGUAUCUUGUGCGACCUGGGGGUGAAAUGCCUCGAAUUGAUGAACUCAGGAUUUCCGACGAUGAGCAGGGCUCGCAAGUUUCAGAGAGGUUAAAUGAAGGGGUCAAGAGUGAGCUCCUCCGGAUCUUCGACACGGUUAACACCUAUGAGGGGUCCUAUGAAGCCUGCUCCAGUCCAAGGUUGGCAUCGAGGUUGAAACCUCACCAGGAAGUGGCAUUGGCGAUGAUGAUCGAAAGGGAAUCUGGACAAAUUGAUGGUCUGAAAUUUCCAUCCAUCUGGGAAGCGCUCGGGAACCACAGGUACCGGCAUAGAAUCACAGGGGCCAUCGACACAGACCCUAGACCGAUGCGCGGCGGAAUCCUCGCGGAUGACAUGGGCUUGGGCAAAACACUUAGCCUUCUAGCACUACUCUGCUGCUCCCUGGAUGCCAUAGAUUGUCUACAGUCACCUCUAGACAGCCCUUGGGCGACUCUAAUCGUCACACCGAAGAGCACUAUUCCGGGAUGGGAGAAACAGAUUGGAACACACAUCAAACAUAAUCAACUUCGGUACUUCAUAUACCAUGGCGCAAAUCGAGGCAAAGCUAAACCUUCCCUGGUACGCGAGUACGAUAUUGUCAUUACAACAUAUGAAACCAUACGCCAGGAUUGGCGGACAAAGGAUGGUUUAAGCACAGAGACUUGGUAUCGUAUAGUUCUAGAUGAAGCACAUCGUAUCCGGAGCCGGUCCUCACAGGUGUUCAAGGCCGUGAGCUCCCUGAAAGCGCACGUCCGAUGGUGUCUCACCGGCACGCCAAUCCAAAACUCCAUUGACGACUAUGGUGCCCUCUUGAGCUUCAUACAAAUGCCGGUCCUGGAGAACAAGUCCGCAUUUGAUUAUUGGCUUGCAUCGCCGGUGAAGCGUCAGCAAAAGGGCUAUAUCCAGACACUCCGGGCGCUCGUCGCUGCCACAGCUCUCCGGCGGACCAAGAAGACGCUUGAUUCCGCCCUUCAGCUGCCGAAAAAGGUUGAAAGAACCGAAUUGGUUCACUUGACGGCCGCAGAUCGGGAGAUAUAUGACUAUUUCAAAGCGAGAGCAUCCAAGACGGCAGCAGAGCUCUCUGGUGAGCCUCAGGAUUCUGGAAAACAGGCCAGUGCAGAUACGACCCUCGCAUUGAUUAACAUGCUGCGGCUAAUAUGCGAUUACGGUGAGCGCUUGCUACCUAAAUCCGCGCUCGAGCUAUGGCGCAACCGAGACAGACAUGAUGAUGUCAUUGCCGCACCUUGGGAAAGUGUAGGCAGCUGCUUGAAUGAGGAAGACUUUGUCCCCGACAAUCGAAGCACACCGGCUCGUAAAGCUGCUGGUGGCAGUGCCAAGCCUGGGGACGUGUAUGAUGCUAUCGAACGUGCAACUUAUUCUCCUGAUGAAAUGACAAUGGAGGGAUGUCAAGAGCCUUGUUUGGGCUUAUCUCCAAAGAUGAUAGCAUUAUUGAAAAACUUGGAAAGGGAGCAACGAGGCACAUCACAAUCGGCUCUUAGGCCUGCAAAAAGUGUAAUUUUCAGUCAGUGGACCAAGAUGCUAGAUCUGAUAGCUACGGUUCUUCACUCCAAUAAUUACAACUACGUUCGUCUCGAUGGAGGGUCGACUUUAACAGAUCGCCGGCUAGCGCUUGAGCGACUCACAAGGGACGAGAGCUGCACGGUGAUGCUGGCCAGUAUUGGCAGUGCCGGAGAAGGCAUCGACCUCACCGCGGCCAACUCCGUCCACAUUAUGGAGCCUCAUUGGAACCCAAUGCUAGAGGCACAGGCAGUUGACAGAGUUCAUCGAAUAGGCCAGUCUUGCGAAGUUUCGGUUAUAAGAUAUCUCGUUGCCAAUUCCAUUGAGGAAUACGUUCGUUGGGUUCAAGAAGACAAGAUAGCAAUCAUUCAGCAGUCGUUGGCUUCCGUUCCAACGUCACAGGCAGAUCUUGACCAUAGGCGAUGGAAGAAACUACAGGUUCUUCUGGGUAUGGCACAAUGAGCAGAUUUGAUGGGCAAUUGAUUAGCAUAUUGUUGGAUUAGAAACUUCUCUUUCUCUCAGUUCUUCGGUCCUGUCUGGUUGAUCGAUAUAAUCAUAAUCGAAGACCUGCAAGUGAAUGCAUUUCAAGUUUUCGUACCAUUCAUGUCUAUUUCAUGUUUC